UUGAGCCUCGGGGUUGUCAUGGCGAUGAUGGUUGCCCGGGUGGAUGGGGCGCGGGUGCUGAGUGGUCAGACGGUGUGUUCGGGUGGUCCGGGGCGUCCCUGCUAUAAGAUCGCGUAUUUCCACGACGUGUCGAGUCGCGUGGCGUUCAAGGAAGCGCGCCGAGCCUGCGAGAUGGACGGAGGGUCGCUGCUCAGCAUCGAGAGCCUGGCCGAGCAGACGGACAUUGAGAACCUGCUGCAGGAGCUAUGUUCAGGAGCAGUGGGUGGUGCCGGAGAAGGAGGUAUAGCGGACGGCGAUUUCUGGAUCGGUCUGACUCGGGUGGACGGAGUCAAUCAGGCUCAGCCCGAACUCAGCAACACCUUCACUUCCUGUCCACAGCUCUACCACUGGACCGACGGCAGCCCCGCCUCCUUCAGGAACUGGUAUUUUGACGAGCCGUCCUGUGGAGGAGAGGCCUGCGUCGUCAUGUACCAUCAGCCAACUGCGCUACCUGGUCUGGGCGGGACUUAUCUCUACCAGUGGAACGAUGACCGCUGCAACAUGAAACACAACUUCAUCUGCAAAUACAAACCAGAGAGCCACGGUGUGACGGGUCACACACCUGGAGGGCAGAGCACAGAGGCGACAGCCGGUGGAGGUGUGGUCAAACCGUCUGCAGGCACUAAGGUGGUUCCCCCUCAGGUGACCACGGCUGGAGCUUCAGGUAUGUUACUGGUCUACGUGAUUAUUCCAACAAUCCCUCUGCUGCUGCUCAUCCUGGUGGCUUCUGGGACAUGUUGUUUUCAGAUGCUCAGUAGAAGUAAUCCCCGCACAAAGACCGCCACCGACCAGUCAAAUCUGUGGAUCUCCAGGACGCCCAAACCCGACAGCAUGGAGGUGUGA